AUGCCGUUUUUUGCGUUCGCCACGGAGGACCACAGCCACCUUCUCGAAGCCCGAAGGAACACCGGAACACACCAGCGCCUCCCGGCACUCUGGCAACGGCGCAAUAGUCCCAUUCCGGGCGCUGGGUUCUCUGUGGCAAAAAGGAAAGGGACAGGGAGCGAUCCCCCCUGGGCAACAGACGGCCCUCUCGGGUACGAAGGGACGGGCCUGGACGAGUCCCACGUCGGUGGAGCAUCCGUCGUCCCCCGACGGCACCGAGGCUGGGUCUCCACCCGUGAGGCCUGCAGCAAUGAACGCGCGCGCGGAGGGAGUGGGUCCCAGCAGUGA